UACCAAAGGAGGACAGUAAGCGGGUGAUGACGUUUGCCAAUGAGGGUGAUUACAUCUCUUUCCGGCAUCACGUGUUUGUGAAAGUUAACAAUAAGGAAGUGCAAUUGGCUGAAGUAGGCCCACGAUUUGAAAUGAGACUCUAUGAGAUCAAAUUGGGAACUGUGGAAUUGAAAGCUGCCGACACUGAGUGGGUCUUGCGACCUUACCAACGAACCGCAAGGAAACGCGAUCGCCUAUAG